UGCACAAAAUCUGUCGCAUCUUAAAAAAUUACAGCUUAUUUCACAAAGUUGGUUCAAGAAAUUCUCAAUCCGAAUGAUGACAAUUCCAUUUUCGAAAAGCAAAUCUGUGCUCAAACCCCAAACUGCCCAAAAGGCCCAAACCGAAAGAGAAAAGGGCAAAAGGGCUAAGCUCGCAUGCCAACAAGACUACCUGGACCCAAAAAUGUUAAGACGACCCAUCGUGGUCCGUGCCAUUUAUUAUAGGUUUUUGUGCCAGUCUUUUGUCUAUGGAAGUCUUUAUAUUUUACCGCCAAAACCCAAAAUCCUCGUGUGGCGGUCGGCAAUAUAACUUUAGAGAUAAGAAACAUUUAUUUUCUGUUUAAUAUUAAUGGCAACGGUUUAGCAACACUGUACAGUUAUUCUUACUAAAAAAUAUUGUUCUUCAAAUUAUAUUGCAUAAGUAAUAACUGUUUUGGUGGUCUAAGUUAACAAUACUCGUACUUGCAAGAAGUGAACAUAAAUAUUAUCGUGAUUUGGCUUAUUUUGGUUUUGAAAUGUUUUAGUAGACCAGGGAAGGUUGGGAAAACAUGGAAAAAUUGCAAGGAAGAUAGUAAAAACAACAAUUUCAUUUUCCCAUAUAAACUGUUCUACCUACUUUUCUGACAAACUUCAAAAGGAAAAGCCUAAAAAAUCUGUAAUGUAAUUAAGUGAUACGGAGUACACCGUCAUCUAGUGUUAAAUAUAAUUAUUAUGCUCUCUGUAAGGUAAAGGCAUAUCAUAUCUGUAAGUUAAUAGGUACCUAACGAAAAUGAGUCAACUCACUUCUACAAAUAAAUAACUCUUUCAGUUCAGCUAGGAUGGGACAAUUUGAAAAUUGACUUACAUAAAAACAUAUAUAUGUACUAACAUAUAAAUCAUCUUCACAUUCAAAAAGAUAUUAGCAGUAAAAUAACGUAACAAAUUGUAAGAGUCAUGAUGUCAACCUCAUGAAUCAUGUCAUCGAAAGUUCAAAGAUGAAAUUGCCAAUCUUUCAAAACCUACUAUCACUGAUAUUACACUUUAAUACAAUACAUAUUAUUAUUACUUACUUGUUUCUAUCCUUUUUUAUUACGCAGGCAAAACCUUUAUUUACAGCCGAUGGCGCCCUUAAGGGGCACACCAACUAACGGACCUCACACCUAGCCUCUUGCAAGUCUCACGGGUACGAAACGGAAAAGCCGUUAAGCAAUCCGCGCUGAUUACGAGUGCUUGCGGCAUACUAUCCGCUAAAAAACCCUGCGAAUACCCUCUACGCUGUUAAUUGUGGAACCGCGAGAUCCCCGUUGAGGGACUUCACCGCGUCUCCGCACCAAACAGCUUCCCGGCCUAGCCAGGGCUCCACGGCAGAGAUCACUUGGGGUCUUCAUUACAAAAUGGCCACCGAUCCUGCGCCUUUGUCAAAGACGGCCAAGUAUAAGAAAAUCACAAAACCUCUACUGGAGAGGAAGAGGCGUGCCCGCAUCAACCGAUGCCUGGACGAAUUAAAGGACCUCAUGGUCGGGGCUUUAGAGAUCGAUGACGACAACUUGAGCAAGUUGGAGAAGGCCGAUAUCCUUGAGCUAACCGUUAACCAUCUUACAAAACUGCACAGCCCUAAAGAUCCUGUUUUGGAAGCGAAGAAAUUCCAAGCCGGCUUCGGACAAUGCGCUGCGGAGGCGUGCCGCUUUAUCAUGUCAGUUCCUGAUCUGGACGAGAAAGUCAGCCAAAGUUUGAUAAGCCACUUAUCGAGGUUGAUCACGGCUCAGCCGUUGACCAUUCAAGUACCUGAGCGGCCGCCAUUCUCGCCACCAACGUCACCUUUAUCCGUAGUUUCCGACAGAAACCAUUACUACAGCGACCAAGAGAGGUCAUCGUCGGACGCUGAGGAUUCUGUAUACUCCAACGAAAGUGCGACAAAGCAAUGGACUUACGCGCAACCGAACACUGUCCAGCACCACAAAGCCCCCCCUCAGGCGGGCGGACUACUAACUACUGUCGAUAAAGUCCCACCCCCACAUCACGUUACGGAACAAAUGAACGCUGCUAGUCAUCACAGAAGCAACGUCUAUUUCAACAGAGUACCGGCCGAAGCGAAGGAUGUUAUACUUCAAAAGAUUAGACAACACAUAAUGGACAAACGCGGUAACGAAAACGUCAUUAGUGAAGUACACACUGUUGCUGAUGCAGCCGGCGAACCAAAAUACUUGUACAAAGAGGAAGUAUACAGAAGUGAUUUGGCGUACCAAUACUCGCCGGCGAACGUCCCCAACACGGACACGCUGGACUUGAGGAAGUUCAGAUCGCCCAUUAAGACCUCAGUCGAGGACACAUCGCCCAGAAAAACCGCUCAGACCUCCAACAGAUUAGACACGCAACCCGCCGCGCCCGAGAUCAAAGUUGAUACGGCCAAUCUUCCGGAACAGUGCGAAUCGCCGAUGGAUUACAGCAACUUACCACCUAAAAAGAAAAGGAAAUUAAUCGAGUACCAGGAGUACAAAAAACAAGAGGAGGCGAAGCGGCGGCUCGAGGCUUUUUGCGCCGCGAAAAAAGGUCGGCCGAGCGAAGAUGCUCCGGCCGACGAAGAAAAGUGGCGACCCUGGUAACUCCAGCGGACGCCUAAACUUACAAUGUGAUAUUUAAGUAGAUUCUUCCAUUACAAAGCUUUAAUUAAUUUAUGUAUGUUACUUAACGUAUGUUUCAUACGCGUGCCUUAAUUAUUAAUAUGUCUUCCUCGUAAGUUGUGUGUUAGAAUAUAGUCAUUAUGAUAUUGUAAUUUCAAAUUUUAUUUAUGUGCCAUUUUUUGAUCUCUAUGCCAUUAGAUAUGUUUCUAAACAGAGAAAUAUUGUCUUCCAAAUAAUUUGUGUUAUCAUUGUAAUUUAAAAAUUUACUUACUCAUAAACUUUUACUGGUAUAAAAAGAAGGUGAACAUUUUAAAUAAAUGAUUGAAUUAAAAGCUUUCUAUUUUAUCCCCUACAAAAGACAUAAACGAGACGCUGGAAAAAAAACAAAAUUACAAUAAAAUUAAGGAAUUUUAAAAAAGUACUUCUAUCUAGAUUUUUGCACAAAUUAGGGCUAAUACAGAUCAGUUCAUCAUUCCAAUAGAAUUAAAUUUCGGUUCGGAGCAUUUUAAUCGUUCAAUUAAAUUCGUAAAAAUGGCUAGGUAGGUAUCUAGUCAGAUAUAAAAAAUAUUAUCGGUAUUGUAAUCUUUAAUUACUUAAAGAAUCCGGUGCAUCAUGAAAAAAUAGUAAAGGAUUUUUAUCUAAGUAGGUCUCACUAUAACCCUAACAAGAAAGUGUAAAAAAUAUAUCACUGUCGUAUAA